UGAGAGCAAAGCAGGGUGCAGCUCCCCUAUAAUGACUGGCCACCACAGUUGGGGAUAUGGGCAGGAUGACGGACCUUCAGAGUGGCACAAAUCUUAUCCUAUUGCCCAAGGGAACCGCCAGUCACCUAUCGAUAUAGUUUCUGCAAGAGCAGUUUAUGACCCUAAUCUGAAGCCGCUGCUUAUCUCCUAUGAAUCAUGUACAUCUCUCAACAUCUCCAACAAUGGCCAUUCAGUUAUGGUUGAGUUUGAAGACACUGAUGACAAGACAGCAAUCAGCGGUGGUCCCUUUGAGAAUCCAUUUCGGCUAAAGCAGUUUCACUUUCACUGGGGGACAAAACACAGCCAGGGAUCGGAGCAUACAAUUGAUGGCAAAGCUUUUCCAUGUGAGCUCCACUUAGUUCACUGGAAUGCCAGAAAAUAUGCAACAUUUGGAGAAGCAGCAGCAGCUCCAGAUGGCUUGGCAGUAGUUGGUGUUUUCUUGGAGAUUGGGAAAGAACAUGCCAAUAUGAACAGACUCACUGAUGCUUUGUACAUGGUAAAAUUUAAAGGAACAAAAGCUCAAUUUCAAAGCUUCAACCCCAAAUGUCUCCUGCCUUUGAGUCUAGAUUAUUGGACAUACCUUGGUUCUUUGACAACACCACCCCUUAAUGAGAGUGUAACAUGGAUAGUGCUGAAAGAACCCAUCAGAAUUUCUGAGAAACAGCUGGAGAAAUUCCGCAUGCUCUUCUUCACCAGUGAGGAAGACCAGAGGAUCCAAAUGGUGAAUAACUUCCGCCCCCCUCAGCCUCUUAAGGGGAGAGUAGUUCGAGCUUCCUUCAAGGCCUGAAGAAAACUGAUAAUAGACCUGAGAUAUCCAAGAGCU